AAACUUUCUUCCGUCUGUUGAUCCUGAGACAGUCCUUCAGACAGGGCAUGAGUUGUUGUCUGAAUUACAGCAGCGUCGGUUUAACGGCUCUGAUGGAGGGGUCUCGUGGUCUCCUAUGGAUGAUGAGCUGCUCGCACAGCCACAGGUUAUGAAGCUGUUAGACUCACUCCGGGAGCAGUACACGCGCUACCAGGAAGUCUGCAGGCAGCGCAGUAAGCGCACGCAGUUAGAGGAGAUCCAGCAGAAGGUGAUGCAGGUUGUGAACUGGCUUGAAGGGCCUGGAUCUGAACAGCUGAGAGCGCAGUGGGGAAUUGGUGACUCCAUCAGGGCUUCCCAGGCCCUGCAACAAAAGCAUGAGGAGAUCGAGAGCCAGCACAGUGAGUGGUUUGCAGUAUAUGUGGAGCUUAACCAGCAGAUCGCAGCACUCUUGAACGCUGGCGACGAGGAAGAUCUCGUGGAGUUGAAGUCUCUGCAGCAACAGCUUAGCGAUGUUUGCUACCGACAGGCCAGUCAGCUAGAGUUCAGGCAAAAUCUCCUACAGGCAGCUUUGGAAUUUCAUGGUGUGGCCCAAGAUUUAUCUCAGCAGUUGGAUGGCUUAUUAGGUAUGUUGUGCGUAGACGUAGCACCAGCUGAUGGAGCAUCGAUUCAGCAAACUUUAAAACUGCUUGAAGAGAAGCUGAAAAGUGUUGAUGUGGGAUUACAAGGCUUACGAGAAAAAGGUCAAGGUCUCCUGGAUCAGAUCUCCAAUCAGGCUUCCUGGGCCUACGGAAAGGAUGUAACUAUUGAAAAUAAAGAAAACGUGGACCACAUACAAGGAGUGAUGGAAGACAUGCAGCUUAGAAAACAAAGAUGUGAGGACAUGGUAGAUGUGCGGAGGCUGAAGAUGCUUCAGAUGGUGCAGUUGUUUAAAUGUGAAGAGGAUGCUUCUCAGGCAGUAGAGUGGUUAAGUGAACUUCUGGAUGCCCUGCUGAAGACCCACAUCAGAUUGGGCGAUGAUGCUCAGGAAACGAAGGUGUUACUGGAAAAACAUCGAAAAUUUGUUGAUGUUGCACAGAGUACUUACGACUAUGGCAGACAGUUGCUGCAGGCCACGGUCGUUCUGUGCCAGUCUUUGCGCUGUACUUCCCGGUCCUCAGGGGACACACUUCCUCGACUGAACAGAGUGUGGAAGCAGUUCACAGUAGCAUCUGAAGAGAGAGUGCAUAGGUUGGAAAUGGCUAUUGCCUUUCACUCAAAUGCUGAAAAGAUUUUGCAAGACUGUCCAGAAGAGCCUGAAGCAAUUAAUGAUGAGGAGCAGUUUGAGGAAAUUGAAGCCGUUGGGAAGUCACUUUUGGAUAGACUCACUGUCCCGGUGGUUUACCCCGAUGGAACUGAACAAUAUUUUGGGAGUCCAAGUGACAUGGCUUCUACUGCAGAACACAUCAGAGACAGAAUGAAACUGGUCAGUCUCAAAAGGCAGCAGCUGAGACAUCCCGAAAUGGUGACCUCGGAAAGCUAAUGUCCGCAGCUCCUACAGAUCUGCAGGUCAUAUGCCCACACGUCUUUGCUGUUGGCAUACUGCUGUGUUAGCCACAGCUCACUGAGAUGAAUUUCCCAGCAGGAUAAGCCUCCUUCCUUCCCACAACACGUCUCUAAAUGCUAACACCUCUCAGCUACCGAGGCAUAAUCACGUAGCACGCUUUGAUGCUGUAGACUCCAGGUAUCUUAGAAGAAGGAACUGUAAACACUGCACUGAGUCCAUGCUUUCAUGCUUGACCUGACUUGUCAGUUUGUAGAUGAACAACUGAUAAUAAGCUUCUGAAUGGUGCUAAUCGGAGUUUAGGAAUUCUCUACAAAAACACGAUUGCCCUUCCUCCCCAGGUGAUGUAGAAUAUUUAGACCACAGUUAGACUGUUAGUGGAUAGUGGUGUCCUCAAAAUUUUACUUUGUAAUUCUUCAAAUUUGAUUAUUUUUUAUUGUCUAUAUGAAGAAAACCCUUCAGAUCUUUGAUAUAUCAUAUUAAUUGAAAGACAUUUUCCUAUUGUAUUCAUAAUGUAUUAAAAGUUGUCUGUGCUUAAUAAAAGUCUUCUUUAAUUUGGUAGUUACAUCCUAAUUCUAAACACGAGUGCCUUACUAAAAGGGCAUUCUUAGGGUUGUGAGGAUGGGCUAAUCAUUUGGUUUUAAUGGUGGCUGCAUGUAUUUUAGGCAGGAAUUUCAUAUGUAUGCAUGUAUAUAUAAUAAAAAAUAAGCAUGUUUAUUGUGAAAAAAAUUAGACCUUUAAGAACAUAAUAAUAGAAGACUAUUUUUAAUUUUUCUCUUAAAAAAUGCUGUCCAAAUUGUUAACUACCCUAAAGAUGCCUGUCUUUGGGGAAGGAGGGCUGAGGAUGAAGGUAUGCUUAACUAUUUCAAUGUAAUCUUUUAUAUCACAGUAAUUACUCUGGAACUAAAGCAGAAAUUGUUAAUAAUAUUUAAUAUCUCAUGAUACUAGAGUCAAAAAUCAUCCUGAAGAAGUCUAGUCACAAAAACUGUACAGAUCUUUAGAAAUAAAAUUUGUCAUAAAAUGGUAA